AAAGUCUCAAAAUACUUGAAAAAAACGAGAGUACGAAGAAGAGAAUUGGAAAACAACAGUACAAUUCUCUCUCUUCCCCGCCGUCCAAACAAAUCAGGAAAAUGUCGUGAGCUUUACGCUACCAAAAGCCAAAUUCAUUAGUUUCUCUGCAAAAUUUUUAAGCCAUUUUGAUUUUGGCUAUGACUUCUCCCCAUUUCAUAAAUCAAAGAAUAUUCUUUCUUCAGGGUCACAAUCUACAGGAAACACGUUUACAGGAAAAAUAAAAGGACGAGGAAAAUUUGAAACCUUUGUCUCUCUACCUUGUCAUUGAGUUUCUCCUUUUGUAAUUUCAGGUGUUUUUUAUUUGUCUGACAUUGGUUGUUGGCAUAAAAGUUUAAGGCUUCUGAAAAUUCAGCAUUAGCUUGGAUACAAACACACGCUCAAAAUAAAAAUGCGGAAUAAUUGGUUGUUUUUCAUGAAUCUAGAUGAUGGAUCUCCAUAUAUCUUACCAAUAGAGCCCCUUUUAUCCCAACGUUCCCAAUUAAAUUCAUUUGUGGAUAAUUCUCUACACCAAUCUAGAUUCUUAUACAUCCCUGGGGGCAUGGCAUUUCAAGAAGCUCUUAACUGCAUGUCAAAGAUUGCAGGAGCUUUACUCCUUUGGUUCACUAGUGCAUCCAGUUCAAAUUUGAGUCAACAAGUAGCAGGCAAUCAACAAGGGCCAAGACCUGGAAGCAGCCGGUCACCUGCACAAAUUAAACACAUUGCCCCCACUAGACAUAAUCUUGCUGGGUUUCACUUUGUUUCAAGGCCAAAAGGCGAAUCUUCCUCUCCUGUGGGUUUUAAUAGGAUUUCAAGUUUCAUGAUAAGGCUUCUGUGCAGAGAAGCUGAAAGACUUCAAUCACUCCCUGUGCUUUCAUUAGCUGCUGCCCUUGUACCACCAUUUGACAAAUUACCUUCAAAAGUAUUAGCUGUUCCAUUUGAGAGUGGUGACGUACAGGUUCAUGAGUCCAUAGAUCAAAGGCCUUGUGAAGUUGAGCGUCAAAGAUGCUCAGGGCUCUCGUUUCCUGAAUUAAAUUGGACAAGGCAUGCUGUUGAGCCUAAAACUGGCAUUGAGUUUCCGGUGAUUUUGAACAACAUCUUAGCUGGAGAGAACAAAUCCAGUUUAACUUCGGAGUUUUCGAAUAUGCAGGUCCUGGUUGGGACUGGAUCUAGAACUGUGAAAAUAAUAAAAAUAAAGUCUUUGAAGGUUUAUGCGUUUGGUUUUUAUGUUCACCCUAACUCUGUCUGUGAGAAAUUGGGCCCAAAAUAUGCUUCUGUGCCGGUGGAUGAAUUAAACAAAUGUCACGGCUUUUAUGAGGAUCUUCUGAGGGAGGACGUUGGCAUGACCGUUCGGCUUGUCAUUAACUGCAAUGGGAUGAAGAUCAGUUCCGUGAAAGAUGCUUUCGAGAAAUCCCUUCGAGCCCGUUUGGUGAAGACAAACCCCGAAACUGAUUACAAUUGCCUGAGAACAUUUGGUUCAUUCUUCACAAAAGAUAUUCCACUACCUGUGGGAACAACUGUUGAUUUUCGACGAACAGCUGAUGGGAAACUAAUAACUGAAAUUGAAGGUAAUGAGAUUGGAGCAGUUCAUAGCAAGGAAUUAUGUAGGGCUUUCUUUGACAUGUACCUUGGAGAUAUUCCUGUGUCAGAGCAAACAAAGGAAGAGAUUGGCCAAAACGUAGGCGGUAUUAUUAGGAGGUGCUAACCUGAUUAAUCACACAUUUCAAUUGUCUCAGUUUUUAGAUGGGCAAUUGAUUGCUGAUGCAAUGUACUAUUGGGUGGCCGGUCGUAUAUCGCUUCAGCAUCUGGCUGUAGUUCAGCAGCUGUAUGGAAUUUCCAUGUUCUAGAGGAGCAUGCCGUUCGGAAGCAAUGAAUUGCUUGGCCAUAUGAUUAUUACAAUAGAUUAGGUUAUUGAAUUUUAUACUCCAAAAGCAGGAAGGAGAAGGAAAAGGAGAAACAGAUAUAAAGAAACAGUCUUUGAUUCUUUGUAGUUUUUAUGGUGGUUACCAGUUUAAAUGGUUGCCCCCAGGCCCCAUCAAAGGGGAAUAUAGUUUGAAGUUAUAAUGGUGCGAGAAACUUAACCUUAAGCUUGGAGCCAUUUAUAUAAAAGGCCUAAGCAGGUAGUUUUAUCCUGAUUUUGUGUUUUUUUUUUAUUUUUUUUUAUUUUUUUAUUUUUUUUAUUUUAGGUGCUUAUUCAUUCCCCCUAUCAAUUUACCAUUUUGUGUGAUACUUCAUUUUUAAA